CAAGUCUGGCAACACAGGGCAGCCAGCUGUUCGUCUUGGUCGUGUAACAACAAAUUCAGCAGCGAAUUUUCAUAUUCGGAAAACGUAGAAAGCGUGCAAAAGUCGUAGUCCCUGCUCAAAGUUAAUCGAAAAUUGUUCUGAAAAAUAAAAUAAAUAAAUUGAACGGGCGUACACAAAAACAACUUAGCCUGAAAGAAAAGUGAUUGCGAAAUACGCUGCAAGAGAGGAAGCCAGACGUCAUUAUCGCAUCACUGGAAAAGGCUGCCUUCGUGAACGUUUUAUGGCGGAAGCAACAACCGCAGAAGUCAAUCUGUAACUGAAGUGCAUCUCCUGGAGCGCGCGCUGCUCUUCUCUGUUCCCCCUGGUCACCUCGUCAUCCGUUUUAAGCUCAUCACCGCAUCAGUCCUUCAAAAUAAGCACGAAACACACAAGCUUGACCAACCAUGUCCUUUUCUGACUUCGACGCCAUCUAUGAGGAUGAGCAGCUGGACGACCUGGAGCACUUCCAGGAUCAAACUGUGGCGCCGGUUCAGGAGCCUAUUAUCAUUCGGGGAGCGGGCAACAUGACAGUAUUUGGCCUGAGCAAUCGCUUCAACGCAGAGUUCCCAUGCGGUCUGCUGUCCCGAGUGGCUCCCGAGGAGUUCAAGGCGACGGUGGGUCGGAUUAACGGAGUAUUGAAGAAAUCCCUGCCCGUCAACGUCAAGUGGCUCUUUUGCGGCUGCGUCUGUUGUUGCUGUACUCUAGGCUGCUCCCUCUGGCCUGUCAUCUGUCUCAGCAAACGCACACAACUCACCCUGGACAAGCUGUUCGAAUGGGAAAAUAAUCAUCUAUAUCAUAAGCUGGGCCUGCACUGGCGACUGCAUAAGCAACAAUGUGAUUCCAAUUCCAUGAUGGAGUAUGUUAUUUUAAUUGAAUUUAUACCCAAAACGCCCAUUUAUCGACCCGACUAAAUGCCGGCUAGGAAGAUGGGCGUGUGCACGGUAUCGCGGGGUCGUAAUGGUAAUUGUAAAAUAAACACUAGCUGCUAA